UCAGCCUAAGUGAGUGGUUACCGCUCCCGGUUUUCUGUGUACGACCAAUAUCCUGUGUGGUAAUCAAAUUCAGUUCUGAAGUUACAUCGAAUUAAUUUACAGUCAUUACACGAUGGGAAAAGAUUAUUACAAGAUCUUAGGCAUUACUAAAAGUGCCAAUGAAGAUGACAUCAAGAAGGCUUACCGAAAAAUGGCGUUGAAGUAUCACCCUGAUAAAAACAAAUCGCCUAAUGCGGAAGAAAAGUUUAAAGACAUAGCUGAGGCGUACGAUGUUUUGAGUGAUAAGAAAAAACGUGAUAUUUAUGAUCAGUAUGGCGAAGAAGGCUUGAAAGGCGGCAUUCCCGGAGGUGGUGGUGGACCAACCAGCGAUGGAUCACACUUCACAUACACUUUUUCGGGCGACCCCAGGGAAGUUUUUGCGCAAUUUUUCGGUACAAGCGACCCGUUCACGAUGUUCAUGGGCGGUGAUGGCGGCCUGGGAGGCAGCAUGUUUGAUCGUAUGGAUGUUGAUGAUGAUGCCUUCAACAUGAUGGGCGGACGGUUAGGAGGGGGUGGAGGUGGCGUAGGUGGCACAAGAAGAGCUUUCUCUUUCAGCCCUCAUGACACCUCCAGGACUGGCCGAGGAGCUAAGCAAGAUCCUGCCAUUACACGUGACCUCUACGUAUCUCUUGAAGAGGUCAACACAGGUGUCACUAAGAAAAUGAAAAUCACGCGCAAUGUUGUCUGCAAAGAAACUAGGCAAAUGAAGAAAGAGGAGAAAAUUUUGACUAUCCAAGUGAAGCCAGGCUGGAAAGAAGGAACGAAGAUAACAUUUGAAAAAGAAGGAGACCAAUCACCGGGCAAUAUUCCAGCUGAUAUUGUGUUCAUCAUCAGAGACAAGCCUCACCAGGUCUUCAAAAGAGAUGGUGCCAACUUAUCGUUCACCACCAAGGUCACCCUACGGGAUGCCUUGUGUGGCACCCGCAUCACAGUUCCCACCCUGGACGGUCCCAAAGUUUAUCUCGACUACACAAAAGAUAUCAUCAAGCCCCAAAUAGUGAAGCGUAUCCCCGGCCGAGGUCUGCCGUAUCCCAAGGAUCCUUCAAGAAGAGGAGACAUUCUCGUGCACUUUGACAUUCAGUUUCCAGCAUCUCUUACAGAUAGUGCAAAAGAAAUUCUUAGUGAAGUUCUUCCCUUAUAAAUUUGUAUUAUAACAAUUUUCUUGUAUUAGGAUUCAAGAUCCUCAACAUAUUUGUUGCUGUAAAUCUUUAUUUAGUUAUCACUACGUCAUUCGUGUACGUGUAUUUAAGCUCAUGAUGCUCUGGUACAGCUAGCAUAAGAUAGGGCUUUAAUUUUUUUAGGACUGAUUGAUCACAUUUUGUUUCUUGUCACUUUUGUAGACCAAUUUCGUUUAUUCUGCUCUCGCUAGAAAAAUGUUGCUCGCUUGUAUUUAUCAUUGUUUUACUCUUAGGCUUGAAUAUCUAGUUAAUGUAAGGCGCUAAGAUUUAACGGUAGUCAUUCAAUCGUGUUGAGACGCGAUUGUCUAACGGAAAAGUACAUAUUCUUAUGUACGUGUUUAUUUUGUUACAAAUCAUAAGCAAGUCAUGGUAGCCUUUAAAAACGUAUUUUUAUUAUGGCUGUGAUAUAGUGUUGAAUAAAUUCAUUUCGUAUAAA